AGACAACACCUCAGGUUGUGUGUCUAACCGCACUAACUCUGGUGUGUGGACUGAAGCGGACGCAGUGCUUCAACUCAAGAGUGGACGUUUGUUCUCGCUGUCGCCGUCGGAAUAAUCACUGACCUCCUCCUGCUUCUGAGCGUCUCCAUCUUCUGCACGCGUCUAAAGAGGUGUGUGGGCUGAGUGGAGUGAAUACAAUGGCCGGUUAAUGGCGCGCUCGCGGGGGACGGGGGCGUGUGGUCGGCGACUAACCCGAGCUUCGUGGCCUGGCUGCUGCCUGGAUUAACAUUUGAAGGCCACCAGAGUGAGGUGGAUCUUCUAACCCAACAGUUCAAGAGUUCUUCAACACGACUGUCUGUCUCCACCUGUAGGAGAUCCAGGAGGAGUUCCACUCAGGUAAUCCUCCCUCUUUUCCUAUGUUUACGUCGGCUGAGACCGAGGCAUCUUUGUGAAUUAACAACUCACUUCUCAUCGUGAAGUUGACUCAUGGUUUCAUCUGGCUUGUAGCUGACUAACGCUAACAACAUGAGUCAUGAUCCUGAUGUUUGCUCUCAGCUGUCAAAGUGCCUCGUCUCUCUCUAUCAGUCUUUUCUCCCGUCCCUCCCCUCAGAUGUGUCACCCCCGGAUCCCGUCCUGCGGCCCGAUGUUCCUCCCAUCUCGCGGCCCGCCCCAGCAGCUCAUCCCACACGUCUGCCCGACGCCCAGGAAUCGAAGAAAGCCACAUUUGCAGUGGAGAUCCAAGUGGAGCAUGAUAAACGAACUGGGAAAAGCCACGUGGUCUCCACAGCAGCGGUCACUGCCGACUCUCUCCAGGAGAGGGGGCUGAAGGUGUAUGAAGACGGCCGGAAAUGUAUAUAUGCCGUGGACACAAACGCAAGUGACGUUGAAGAAAUGACUCAAGGAGAGGUGGAAGAGCUCCUCCUGCAGGCCACAGACAAGGACGUGCCCACGGACGUGCAGUACCACAAGCCCGUCUACUCUACGGCUUAUAACGGAAACAGCCGACCGUCGACUCCUAGAUCACCAGGGCCAAAGCUGAGGGGCGGCUCUCGGCCGUGCAGCCAGCUUAGCCUUGUUCUUGAUGGACAGAGGACACCAGGAGCAACAACUCAACCAAAGUUUCUCAAGCCGAAGGACAACAUCUCACCCACACCGAGCUACCAAGAUGACAUUCCUGGGCAUUUUGAGUAUGAAAAACACUGGAGCCCGAAGCUUUGUUCCCGUCACUUGGAUGAGGAACAUGUUGAAGAAGAUCUCAACAGCCAGCUGGAAGGCCAGGGUCAAGAAGCUGUGGUUGCAGUGAAAGUGAGAUCAGAAGAAGUGUCCAUGCCCAUCCAGUCAAUCUACAGAGACGCAGACAGUCGUGGACAGACGCCUGACCAUGAAGCCUGGAUGCAGAUGGACUCUCUGGCCGCUGAGCUGGAGUCCGGCCCUGUUACCAUGAUCUUCAUGGGCUAUGAGAGAGCGGAGGAGGAGGAGGAGGAAGGGUUCCAGGCCGAGCUGGUGGUCAUCGACGGCAGCGAUGAUGAAUGCAAUGAAGAGGCAGAAGAGCAGGAGACAGAUGAAGACAUGGAUGAAAGUCUCUCGUAUCACCCUGAGGGAUACAAGAGCCAAGUGUUCAAACCCACAGUGAGUGUCGCACGGGUUUCAGGGAGUGAUGAGAUUGUGGAUGGGGAACCUGCUCAGCAGGAUAGUUUGGGGAUCCACAAGCCGACAUUCACCCACAAAUCCAGGAAACAGAACUUGCCCCGAAGAGGAGUCGACGGAUCUGAAGGUAAAGGAGGACUAAAUUUGGAGAAGAUGAAGCUCAGCUCCACAGAAAGAUGAAGGGUCCAGAAGGCACCUUUAGAGCCUGCUUCCAUUUGACUCUCCGACUGUUCCUCUGGAUCCUUUUCAGCUCUAACAUUUGUCCAUCUGACUUAUAUUUUGCCGCCAUCAUGAAUGUUAAUGUUUAUUAAACAAACUUUUCAAAAGUCACUCUGAGUUCUUGUCUCUUUGCAGGAACGUAUUUUCUGGAUUUAUUUUCAGGCUCACUUUAAGCAGCCCCAACAGCAGGAGACACUCUGGACAAAGUCCUUGGCACAAACAGAAAUGAAUGAGAUGUUAUUGUUGCCUGAUAAAGUGAAGGGCAAUGAGAGGUCUGUGUGGCGCCGGGCAGGUUUUUGAAGGUCAGCAUUUGCUGCUGGUAGAGUGGUUCAAUCGCUUUGUCCACCUCCGCAUCUUUCCGCCCCGCCGCUGACCUUCGCUCGGAGUCACACGCUUCCAUCACUCCAUGCGCCCCAGAACUAAAAACGUUCCGUUUCAUUUGUGCCAGACUGGGCUCCAGUAAAUGUUAGGGAAUUACAAAUAUAGAUGGGAACUGAAAAAAUAGCAACCAAAAAAAGAAAAAUAUCCAUGAUGCAACGCAAGAAACCUGUGAUGAGGUGGGAAACUUGUGUUACAAAUCAACAUGUUUGAAUGGAAGAAGUGGGUGAAGAAUUAUGAGCCCACAGAUGUUGCGAUCAACCCUGAGCUGCUUCCAUUUGUGUUGCCCCAGAACAAGGUCUGACAGCCGAUAGAACAGAAUGUUUCUGCUGUCCUCGGUGCCUUUUUGUUUCCGACUCUGUGGCGUAAUGACAAACCUGGAGGAGAGUGGGAAGGAUGCAGUUAGGUAACCGCCAUUUCUUAUGUAAGACAAUAACACGGAGGAUCAUUUGUUCCCAUUACUGUCUCAGAGCGUCACACCUCAAAUACAAAGUUGGAUUUAAUUCCAUCUUCUUGUUUACCACCUUCGGGAAUAUGGAUGUUCCAGACUUUAUUGUUCACUUCUCAGGUGUGAUAUUUCAGUGUCAACCUCCAAGUCCAAGGCGAGGGUGGUCAGCUGGAGGGGAAUCCGGUCACCAGUGGCCCCCCAGCACUUGACUCAUGGGGUCUUGUUAUAUCCCAGCAGGUCACAUGCUCACCUGUGGUUUGGGUCGUCCCAUCAAGUAGUAGUUAAGUUGUAAAGAAUGUCUGGGCAGGGGGCAUGUUUUCAGUGUGGAGUCAGGCUGCUCGGAAGUUUUUCUCAUUUGUCGGUUAAUUCAAGAUCUUCAUCGUUUCAUCACACGACUCAUUUUCUCCAGUCAAGGCUGGUGCCAAAGUUUCUUCGUUCUGACAUGUAUUUCAUUCCCCGAUGAAUCAGACUGUGACAGGCGGCAAGGCUUUAGAGCCUUUACUGUGUGAACUGAAGGUGAGUCGGAACUCGGGUCUCAUUAUCUGGCAACUUCAGACACAACAGUCUCCUUCAAUUGUCAUUACGGUCAUUCACGGCUAUGAUUGAACGUGACGGUUUACGGUGUAUGGAAAAAUCCUGAAAGAAGCAUCAAAAUGACAGAAGUCUGUCACUCGCAGAAUUGGCGCAUCUGGCUGGACAUUUGAAGAGAUGGACUGAGUGAGGUUGGCUUGGAUUAGAGGCAGAUUUACGUCUCAUGAUUAAAAAGUAGCGUUUUUACGGUCACCUGUUAAUAAUAAUAAUAAUAAUAAGUAAUGACAAAACCUUCCUGUUUCUCAGUCACUUCUUGAUCGGCUGCGUUCCAUUUUUAGGGGGCGGGUAGGAGACUCCGCUCCGCUACAGUUUCUGGCAGAAACCCUGGACGAGACGAAAAUGUAUGUAGAUGGUCUGUCAGACAUUCUAAAUGUGUGACAUUCUUGUGUAUGUCAUCCGUAAUAUCUAUCAUACAAAGUCUCUAUUGAGUGGUAUAUACAGUAUUUGUGCUUUAUUGUUGUUGUUGUUAUAAUCAUUACUACCUCACUGAAUCAGUUUUUUGAGUUCUGGUUUUGGUUCUUGUAUACAGUCUAGAGGUCAGGUUAUCCUAUCUUGUUAUCUUGCUAUCUUGUUGUUUUUGUUGAUAUGUAGUCACGCGCACUAAGAGCCCGACCUGGUCAUCAGUUCCGGACGACUGUAAGGACGUAUGACACGCUCUGCCGGUCUCUCCCUCACGUACAGAAGAAAUCCGAGGGAGAACCCUGUCUGUGUUGUAAUGCAUGCUGGGAGUUCUCUGCUGACAUUGAUCCCUACAACAUUAUUUAUCUGUUACUCAAACCAAAUAAUAUUUAACACUUUCUCAAACCAACAAUAGCACACACCUACAGUAUGAAAGACUGGUUUCGCAGUGAGUCCCUUUGUCUGCAGGUUGGACCUUAACCCUUAAAAUACAGAGCCUGCCUCAUCAUGCCUUGCCAUUGCUGGACAUCGUAAAAACACAAAAACUGACAAAAAGCCAGGAGUCAGAGUGAGAUGUCUGAGAGGGAAGAUACUGUGGUUAUCACUGGGAGCAACCAGAAAUGAGGGACGGGGAGAAGUUUGGAGACGAGGUUAGGUUCCGUUAUGGUGGAGGAGAAACCAGGGAUGAGAAACUAUGACAGGAAAAAGCUGCACUCUUAACAUUACAAUGGCAGAUCUGGCAGAAAAACAGUGGCAGUGUCACCACAAAACACUCCAAACUAGCUGUGACUCUUGGACACACACGUCGUGAUUAAGCACUGACUCAAGCGGAGAACUUUUGGCGGCUACUUCGUCCAAAUCAAACCAAAGCUCAGGAUCAUUCACUCCACAGCGACAUCUAUUGGGCUCUUGAAUACGACGCCAACAACGCCGAUUGUGUCGGAAGACUUUUGUCUUCAGGAGAUGUCUGCUGUCAGGUGACCUACAUAGGUCCGACACGGUCUUCAUUUCCCAAACCUCUGCAGCUCCUCACCGAGCUGCCUCAUAACGUGUUUCCAUAUUUGGGGCUGACUAUUCUCUUCCUCUUAAAAAAAAAAGUGUUGUUCCCCCCGGAGUGCAGAAGUGAUUUAAUCAGCCUUUAUAACUUCCACCAUGUGAGAAAAGAAUGGGGCACUCGACAGCUCCGCUCUGUCAACAGUGUUCAUGAGAGAAGGCUCCGGCAUUGGCUGGCGGUGAUACGCCCCCCCCUCAACUAUUGGUCCUAUCAGAGGCGGCGCAGCAUCCAGGCAGAGCUUCAAGUCAGGAUGAA